AUGGGAUAGUUGAAACUUAUCGAGAUCGAAAAUUUCAAAUCUUACAAGGGUCGUCAAAUAAUCGGUCCCUUUCACAAAUUAAAUGGAUCGGGGAAGUCAAACCUGAUGGAUGCCAUCAGUUAUGUACUGGCGGAGAAGACAAGUAACUUGCGUGUCAAAACAUUGAAGGAUCUCAUCCAUGGAGGUCCGGUUGGCAAACCAGCAGCAAACCGAGCGUUUGUAAGCAUGGUGUACUGUGAGGACAAUGGAGAUAAAUGCACCUUCACACGGGUCAUCAUUGGUUCCUCCUCAGAGUACCGUGUCAACAGUAAGGUAGUAGGGCUCCAAGACUACAGUGAGGAACUGGAGAAGUAGGGUAUCCUUAUUAAAGCCAGAAAUUUUCUUGUGUUCCAGGGUGCAGUGGAGUCCAUAGCUAUGAAGAACCCUAAAGAAAGAACCACAUUGUUUGAGGAGAUCUCCCGCGCUGGUGAGCUGGCCCAGGAACAUGACCGGAGAAAGAAGGAGAUGAUCAAAGCAGAGGAAGAACAGUUCAAUUAUCACCGCAAGAAGAACGUUGCAGCGGAGCGCAAAGAGGCAAAACAGGAAAAAGAGGAGGCUGAGAGGUACCAGAGAUUAAAGGACGAGGUCGUCAGGGCUCAUGUUCAGUUACAACUCUUCAAACUCUACCAUAAUGAAGCAGAGAUCGAGAAGCUGAAUAGAGAGCUGUCCCAACGCAAUCGUGAAAUCAAGAAGGACAGAAAGAUGAUGGAUCAUGUGGAGGAAGAGCUGAAGGAAAAGGAGUUGGGAAGGAUGAUGAGAAAUCAGCAGAACGUGGUGAAGGAGAUAAAGGAAAAAGAUGCUGAGCUCAACCAGAAACGGCCACAGUACAUCAAAGCCAAGGAGAACACUGCACAUAAGAUAAAGAAGCUGGAUGUGGUUAGAAAGUCCUUGCAGAAUGCCCAGAUGUACAAGAAGCGUAAGGCUGACAGAGAGGAGCUAGACCGUGAGCAGGGUGCUGUGGAGAUGGCAAGGCAGGAGUUUGAGGAGCGGAUGGAGGAAGAGGCACAAAGUCAAGGCCAAGAUCUGACACCGGAAGAGAACCAGGUGAAACAGUAUCACCGGCUUAAAGAGGAGGCCAGUACUACUUUGGCACAGGAGCUUGAGAAGUUCAACAGGGACCAAAAGGCUGACCAGGAUAGACUGGAUCUUUCAUAUAUCACUUUUCCAUUGCAGGCCAAAAUCAAGCAGAAUAUUCGAGAGAUAGAGGAAAACCAGAAGCGCAUUGAAAAACUGGAGGACUAUAUUGCAACAAGCAGACAGUCCGUAGAUGAACAAAGGCGUAUGGAAAAAAAGUGGACUGAGGAAGUGGAGCACGCCAAAAGAAGGAUUGAUGAAAUAAACAUGGAGCUGAACCAAGUAAUAGAGCAACUAGGAGAUGCUCACAUUGACAGGCAGAAAAACAGCCGUCAGCAGCGCAAAGCUGAAAUUAUGGAGAGCAUUGAAAGGCUUUAUCCUGGCUCUGUGUAUGGCAGACUGAUCGACCUAUGCCAGCCCACCCAGAAGAAAUACCAGAUAGCUGUGACCAAAGUCCUUGGAAAAAACAUGGACGCCAUCAUUGUGGACUCGGAGAAGACAGGAAGAGAUUGCAUCCAGUACAUCAAAGAGCAAAGAGGAGAACCGGAGACCUUUCUACCUCUUGACUAUUUAGAGGUGAAGCCCACAGACGAGAAACUGAGAGAGCUUCGGGGGGAGAAGCUUGUGAUUAACGUGAUCCGCUAUGAGCCUCCUCAUAAAAAAGCCCUCCAGUAUGCCUGUGGGAAUGCUCUUGUGUGUGAGAACGUGGAGGGUGCUUGCAGAAUUGCUUUCGGAGGACCCUACCGUCAUAAAACUGUGGCCUUGGAUGGAACUCUCUUCCAGAAGUCUGGUGUGAUCUGGGGAGCCAGUGACCUGAAAGCCAAGGCUCGACGAUGGGAAGAGAAAGCUGUGGAUAAACUCAAAGAAAAGAAAGAGAAACUAACAGAAGAAUUAAAGGAACAAAUGACGGCAAAGAGAAAAGAGGCGGAGCUUAGACAGGUCCAGUCUCAGGCUCAUGGGCUGCAGAUGAGGCUGAAAUACUCUCAGAGUGAUCUGGAAAAAACAAAGACUCGACAUCUCUCUCUUAACAUGCAGGACGCUCUAUCAGUAGAGGAGAUAAAGGCAGAGAUGAACACUCUACAGCAGAGGUUGAAUGAACAACAGAGCAUCUUACAAAGGAUCAGCGCUCCCAAUAUGAAGGUCAUGGAAAAACUCGAAAGUGUCCGAGAUAAGUUCCAGGACACAAGUGAUGAGUUUGAGGCUGCCCGCAAAAGAGCAAAGAAAGCCAAACAGGCUUUUGAACAGAUAAAGAAGGAGAGGUUUGACUGUUUUAAUGCCUGUUUUGAGUCUGUGGCCACCAACAUUGAUGAAAUUUACAAAGCACUCUCACGCAACAGCAGCGCACAGGCAUUCCUGGGGCCAGAGACCCUAGAGGAACCUUACUUGGAUGGUAUUAAAUACAACUGUGUGGCUCCAGAGAGAUUCAGACCCAUGGACAACCUGUCGGGAGGAGAGAAGACAGUUGCAGCUUUAGCACUGCUUUUUGCUAUUCACAGCUACAAGCCCACACCAUUCUUUGUGCUAGAUGAGAUUGAUGCUGCUUUGGAUAACACCAACAUAGGCAAGGUGGCAAACUACAUUAAGGACCAGUCGGUCCAGAAUUUCCAGGCUAUUGUUAUUUCUCUCAAAGAGGAGUUGUACACAAAAGCUGACUCCCUCAUAGGGGUUUACCCUGAGCAAGUAAAGUACUGUGUCAUUAGUAAGGUACUGACUUUUGAUCUUUCCCAGUAUCCGGAUGCCAAUCCCAAUCCAAAUUAUUACAUUGUUUUGAUUUGAUUUUAUUGUAAAUAAAGUGAGAUCAAUGCCAUCAUCAAAA